AUGGGCUUAUUGAAAGAGAAUCGAACACUUUCAUGGAAAGAGACCCAAUUGCAUGGACCUGUUUUGAAGAAAAGAGGUCUGGAAUACUUUCUUGAGGUUUAUACGAAGUCUUUGCCCUCACGGACAAAAGGUUUCCUUUGGGGUGAUGAGAUAGAACAGAAUUUAGUGUUUAGAAGUCCCACCGGGUGGUAUCUAUUGAUUGCAGCAGACCAAGUAAUUGAAGGCUUAAAACAAGAAAAUGCCUAUGUACUGAACGUUGAGUACAGUGGGUAUAUGCUAGAGAGUACACCUCGGAUGCCUUAUGGCCCCCAGUUCAAAGUACUUGGCCGAGUUGAAGCGGAUAUGGAAACCAGACGGCUAGCAAUUGAGUCCUACUUGACUAGCCAGAUCAGCAAGGAUGCUGGUGUACUGAGCCUGCCUUGCUUCCCCUUACUAGGUACUCCUUUUGCUUUUGGGAUAGGCCGACGACCGGAUGGCAUUGCUUAUACACCUGCGGAAUGGGAAGAGUUAUGGCGGCAGAACUACCAGGCGGAAAUAACCAAUCCCCAGGGAGUACAAGGAAUCCAGAAGGAUCUAAGACCAGGAACGCCUUUGGAGAAGGCUUUAAGAAAGAUAGAUCGGCCAACCUUUGCUGUAACACGUAGUGAACACUUCCCAGACUUUGGUAUUACGCAACAUCUUCGUUUCUACAACUUCACCUACAACAUUCGAGAAAGACGAGGUCGGCCGCUUCGUCUGGCUAUUCCACCGGCACAGCUAGAAGCCGCUGAUGGUUCUUUCGUGCCUGGAGCUCAGCCGGUGAUAAUUGAUAGUAUGGGACAGGGUAUGGGCUGCUGCUGCUUACAGAUAACUAUGCAAAGUGAGUCCAUGGCUGAAGCCCGGUUGCUUUAUGAUAAUAUUGGUGCUCUAUGCCCACUACUUCUCUUUUUGACCAUGGCAACGCCAGUGGUAGCCGGUACUCUUACUGAGAGUGCUACUCGUUGGGAGAUAGUCAGUGCUUCAGUGGACUGUCGAACACUGCAGGAGACUCAUAUCAAAAAGAGCCGGUACUCCUCCAUUGAUCUUUAUACUUCGGAAAUGACACCUGAGCUCUAUGCCUACUACAAUGACAUCAAUCCACCUCUUGAUCCGAGUGCUCUAGCGCAACUUCAAGUCGGAGGUGUUGAUUUAGCCAUGACUAAUCAUAUUGCUUCAAUUUACAUCCGCGAUCCCGUGCUUUGCUAUGAAGAGACCAGUCCACAGGAAGACUUUGAGAAUAUUCAGAGUAGUAACUGGCGUAGCAUGCGGCUUAAACCACCUAAGGCCAGUAACCCAACCGGCUCUUGGCUAGUUGAAGUUCGUCCUAUGGAAAUCCAGCCAACUAGUUUUGAGAAUGCAGCGUACUCUGUCUUUGUUAUUCUCUUUUCACGUAUGAUUCUUUCGUUGAACUACACCUUCUACUUGCCAAUUUCACGAGUUGAUGAAAACUUCCAAGCGGCCAAUUCACCACGCACUCAUUUGGACUCAACGGCGGCUUAUCUUGAUCUGGAAGCGCAGCAGGAGUUUUGGUAUCGUGCUAACAUUUGCAGCAUGGAUAAGGCGGAAAUCCGUCGGGGCACUAUCAAAGACAUUUUCCUUGGUAAUGGAGAGUAUCUAGGCAUAUUGGAAGCCAUUGAAAAGUACUUAGCCGAAUACAGUGAGCAAGAUAGGCAACAAGUUGCCCCUUAUCUCAAGUUUAUUCGUGAAAGAGUCUCUGGUCAGAAACUUAGUGUUGCUACCUACAUUCGCCGCUACCUUACCAGCCAUCCCCUUUACACCGGCAAUUCACAAGUUUCCCAGGAACUAUCCGACGAGCUUGUUCAGCACAUUAUCCAAAUCUCGCAAAAGAACUCCCCGGACUAUCUCAAUAAAUAA